GAGGGAGAGAAAAAUAAAAAAAUAUAAGAGAGGUGUGUUUUCUAACCCACGCAUUAGAGUGGGAGAGGACGUGCACACGCUCACGUGCACGCUCGCUCACACACACACACACACACACAAUGGGCAGGGCAGCUCUCUGAAAAUAAUCUGAAACUCUGAGACCUGCUGCUCCUCCAAACGGGUUCCUUCGUUUUUAAAAAUAAAGYCCAAGACCAGCUGGUCCACCGGAGGAACCGCUCCAUCCACAGGAACUAAAAGCUAACCUAACGUCACAUCUCUGAAUCUGAUCUACGAUCCCCAAACCUUCGAGACCCCCACACCAAGAGACCUGGACCACAUCUCCACUAAAACCAGACCAGAACCCAGACAGACUCUAAGCACCACCACGAGCCAGAAGAGAUCAGCAGAACUUGGUCCAGACCAGUGGAGAGUUUGAUGGGCCUGCUGACUGUAGCCACAUGCCUCUGAGUCCGACCGCUGACACCAAACAUGAUCGCCCGCGGCAACAGGCGGUUACUAACGGCAACCCAACAGGCUCUGCUGUCGCCAGGGAUGACGACGCCGAUGACUCGCCCCCUGGAAACAGCGUGGUGGUCCGCAUCGGGAUCCCGGACCUGCAGCAGACGAAGUGUUUGCGGUUGGACCCAGAGUUACCAGUUUGGACCAGUAAGCAGAGGGUUCUGGUGACGUUGACUCAGUCUCUGUCGGAUGUUUUGAACUAUGGUCUCUUCCAGCCGGCGUUCAACGGCCGAGCCGGAAAGUUUCUGGACGARGAGCGACUGCUGAAGGAGUAUCCUCUGCCCCCCAUCACCCCCAUCCCGUACCUGGAGUUCCGUUAUAAGAGAAGAGUUUACACCCAGAGCUACGUGGAUGACAAGCAGCUGGCCAAGCUCCACACCAAGGCCAACCUGAAGAGAUUUAUGGAACAUGUCCAUCAGAAGAACGUGGAGAAAGUUUCCAAAUGGUUGGAAAAAGGUCUGGAUCCAAACUUCCACGACUCGGACAGCGGAGAGUGUCCCCUGACCCUGGCCGUCCAGCUGGAGGACAGCGGUGAGCUUAUCAAGGUCCUGCGCAGCGGAGGAGCCCACCUGGACUUCAGGACCAGAGACGGGAUCACGGCUCUGCACCGGGCCGUCCUGUGCAGGAACAGCGCCUCGCUAACGACUCUGCUGGACCUCGGAGCGUCUCCAGACUACAAGGACAGCCGGGGUCUGACCCCCCUCUACCACUCUGCCAUGGUGGGCGGAGCCCCGUACUGCUGCGAGCUGCUGCUGCAGGACCACGCCACCAUCGGGAUCACUGACGAGAACGGGUGGCAGGAAAUCCACCAGGCAUGUCGCUAUGGCAACGUGCAGCACUUGGAGCACCUGCUGUUCUACGGCGCCGACAUGAGUUCCCAGAAUGCCUCAGGAAACACCGCGCUGCACCUGUGUGCCCUGUACAACCAGGACAGCUGCGCCCGAGUUCUGCUGUUCAGAGGAGUAAACAAGGACAUCAAGAACUACAACAAUCAGACGGCCUUUCAGGUGGCGAUCAUCGCAGGAAACUUCGAUCUCGCUGAAAUCAUCAAGAUCCACAAAUCGUCUGAUGUCGUUCCCUUCAGAGAAACCCCGUCCUACACCAAGCGCCGGCGGGUCGGCGCCACCAGAACCGCAGCAGGAAAUGGGCUGUCCUCGCCCCGCUCCCUCAUCCGCUCGGCUAGUGACAACGCCUUGGAGAGCCCCGCCUCCUCGCCCGGCCCCUCCCUCCAGAGCCGAGACGCACCACGACGCGCACACGCACUCCCUGAGACGCCACACACGCCGCCUCAGGUAGGUCCACCUGAGUGGGGUCAGAACCUCCUGAACAGGACUGGUGUGUGACCAGGUUCUGGUCUGUCCUGCAGUCCCAGUGGGGGUGCCCACGUGGAGUCCAGCCCCCCCUCCUCACCUCCCCCGACCCCGCAGAUGAGGAAGAGGAGGCUGUACAGYGCCGUGCCGGGACGGACCUUCAUCGCCACCCGGUCCCACGCCCCCCAGGGGGCCGGAGAGAUYCAGCUGCACCGUGGAGAGAGGGUCAAAGUUCUGUCCAUCGGUGAGGGGGGGUUCUGGGAGGGCAGCGUUAAAGGCAGAACCGGCUGGUUUCCUGCUGACUGUGUGGAGGAGGUCCAGAUGAGACAGUACGACCCGCGACUCGAGACGAGGGAGGACAGAACCAAGAGACUCUUCAGACAUUACACCGUCGGAUCGUAUGACAACUACACCUCCUACAGCGACUACGUGAUUGAGGAGAAGACCGCCAUGCUGCAGAAGAGGGAGAGCGAAGGCUUCGGCUUCGUCCUCAGAGGAGCUAAAGAGAAACUGGAUGAGAUGUUGGCUGGAGGCCAACAGGAAGUGGUCCUGAGGGCCCGCCCCUCAGACGACUUCAGAGCGGCGACGGUCAAACAGAGACCAACGAGCCGACGCAUCACACAGGCGGAGAUUAACACCCGUCGUCUCCACUCGCCUUGGCCCUCGCCGCACGAGAACGAGCGCUCACGGCUCGAACGCCGAGCCCCGAACCUCGAACUAAACACACCUCUGCCUCCACCACGCCUGUUCCCACCCCGGCCGCCAGUCCAGAGUCCAGGCACAAGCGCACCCCUUACACCACCCCUCAGAGCAGCCCCGAGCCGCGGUCCAAGCGCACCUCGCCUCAGACCAGCCCGGAGCAGCGGACCAAACACACGACCCCUCAGACCAGCCCCGAGCUGAGACACAAACGCAUCACGCCRCCGCUGUUCCCCGACGGGCAGGUGGAGCGGCCCGAGACUGAGGGCGGAGUCACGUCACCUGCUGCCCCCUCCCCCGAACGGUGGAGACCCUCCCCCCUGCCAGCGCUAGCCAACGAGACCCACCCUGCGCUGAUCGACAGACGACGAAGCCUUACAGUGGGCAGCUCAGAGGAGGAGGGCGGGGCUUACACUGUGACCCUCCCACCUGCCCUGCUGUCGUCCAGCGAUGAGGAAACCAGGGAGGAGCUUCGCAGGAUCGGUCUGGUGACUCCUCCCCCUGCCUUCGCCAGCCCCCCUGCACUUCCUCCCCCGUCUUCUCUGGCCUUGAUGCCGCGGCGAGGAGGGGAGGGGGGAGGAGAGAGCGGUCCUGAGUCUCUGGGACGACGUGGGGACGAGGAGGACGGAGGGGACGAGCGUCUCCACGACAGCUCCCUGUCCCCUAGUUCCCUCCCUUCCCCCUCCUCCGCCGUCACCUCGCCCUCCGCCCUGAAGCCACGCCUCCGGUCUCCGAUUGGCCGGGGCCGCUCGACGCUCCGGGACCCGUUACUGAAGCAGUCAUCGGACAGCGAGCUCCUCCCCUCCGCUGCGUCCUCCUCCUCCUCCCCCUCCUCCCCGCUCUGCUCCUCCCCCACCAGCAACCGGCAGCCUCGCUACCUGUUCCAGAGGAGGUCCAAGCUGUGGGGGGGCGGGGACGAGGAGCGGCGRGGCGUGAGCCCGGAGGACGGGCGUCCCGCGGCGCUGGGAGGACAGGUGUCCGGGUCGGCCGUGGACCUGACGAGCCGCUCGGCGUCCGCGCUGGAGCUGAGCGGCCGGGCCGGGUCCGGACUCGACCUGGCGAACCGACUGCAGCUGCUGAACAAAGACAGCCACUCACUGGGGGAGGAGCCAAGUCCCCUGGACCCAGGCCGGAGGUCACCUGUGGGAGGAGCCAGGUUGUUCUCCAGCCUGGGGGAACUCCACACCAUCUCUCAGAGAGGAUACGGAUCCAGCUACACGGUCCGACCAGGAAGUCGCUACCCCGUCACCCGCCGGAGCCCCUCCCCUUCCCCCUCCCCCUCCGACAGGUCCAUGGGGCUCCCCCCCUCCCCCGCCGCGGGCCCCGAGCGCCCGGACCUGAGCUCUGGUCGAGGUCUGACCAUCCUGAAGUCGUCCAGCCUGAGCCUCCCGUCAGAACCCAAGGAGGUGCGUUUCGUCAUGAGGAGCGCCAGCGCCCGGACCCGGUCSCGGUCCCCCUCGCCCUCGCCCCACGCCUCGCCCUGCCCCUCCCCGGUGCUCAGCGGGCCCCUGCUGGCCCUGCGGCCCUGGAGGCAGCGGCCCCUGGGCCUGUGGAAUAAAUACGACGUGGGCGACUGGCUGGAGAGCCUGGGCCUGGCCGAGCACCGCCAGCGCUUCCAGGAGCACGAGAUCGAAGGCUCCCACCUGCCCUCCCUCACCAAGGACGACUUCAUGGAGCUGGGCGUGUCCCGGCUGGGACACCGCAUCAACAUCGAGCGCGCCCUCCGACAGCUGCUGGACACUUCCACUUGACCCCGCCCCCCGACCUGUGCUCAGAAGCUAGGCCUCUUAGAACAUCUUAGCUGUGAUUGAAUUAUUAGAACUUUCCAUCCACGGAUCAGCUCUUUGAUCAGUGCCACCGCUGGCUCCGCCCACUUCUGUCUGGCUCCGCCCACUUCUGCCUGGCUCCGCCCCCUCCUUCACUGUUUCAG